AUGCAUGCAACCCUUGGGCUGUGGCGGAUGGUUUCUCGCCUCUAUGGGCGUUCACUUUCGAUGAUAGUGGCCAUCUUCCUGUCCUUGGGCCAUGCUGGUAGCUUCUUUCAUUCUACUUGGUUGACUGGUGGUUUCUCGCCUCUAUGGGCGUUCACUUUCGAUGAUCGUGGCCAUCUUCUUCUUCCUUGUUCCAUUCCUACCAUGCAUGCAACCCUUGGGCUGUGGCGGAUGGUUUCUCGCCUCUAUGGGCGUUCACUUUCGAUGAUAGUGGCCAUCUUCCUGUCCUUGGGCCAUGCUGGUAGCUUCUUUCAUUCUACUUGGUUGACUGGUGGUUUCUCGCCUCUAUGGGCGUUCACUUUCGAUGAUCGUGGCCAUCUUCCUCUUCCUUGUUCCACUCCUACCAUGCAUGCAACCCUUGGACUGUGGCGGAUGGUUUCUCGCCUCUAUGGGCGUUCACUUUCGAUGAUAGUGGCCAUCUUCCUGUCCUUGGGCCAUGCUGGUAGCUUCUUUCAUUCUACUUGGUUGACUGGUAGUCUCUCGCCUCUAUGGGUGUUCACUAUUGAUUAUUGUGGCCACAUUUCUUCAUCGUCCCAUCCCCCAUAUAUUUUGUCUUAA